AGCCGGCGUGUUUAUUGUGAGUAGCGCGCCCGGGACAACGAUUUCACAGUUUUCCAGCUCUUCAGCGCUUGUGUUUGUUUUUAUACCAACUUGAUGACUCUUUUCUGGGGUUAUUCUUCGUUUUGAGCCGCACUUCAGAGCUUUAAUCUGGAUGAGAAGCUCGUUUUUGUCGUGCUCUUUUGGCUUCCACAAGAAAGGCUUGGAUUUUAAACGCGGAACGGAUUAAACUUCUUCUCACGGAUUAUUCAAGUAAAACAAGCUCAAGGAAGGAAAGAAAUGCUUCUGUCCAAGCUCAACUCGUUCGCUCACAUCUCUGCCGUGGAUAUGCCUGCAAAAAUUCAGCUUCAUCCAGUGAAGGAGAAGGAGCCGUUUGAGAAGGUUUACCAGGUCGGAUCCGUGUUGGGAAGCGGCGGAUUCGGCACGGUGUACGCUGGCUUGCGGAUAGCCGAUGGCGCGCCGGUUGCUAUCAAGCAUGUGGCGAAGGAUCGUGUGACCGAAUGGGGAGAAUUGCCCAUCACAGGAGCUCGUGUACCAAUGGAAAUCGUCCUUCUGAAGAAGGUCAGCACCGGUUUCAGAGGUGUGAUCAAGAUGCUGGACUGGUACGAGCGCCCCGACAGCUUCAUCAUCGUGAUGGAAAGGCCGGAAAACGCGAAAGACCUCUUCGACUUUAUCACGGAAAAGGGAGCUCUGCCCGAGGAGCUUGCACGCAGCUUUUUCCGCCAAGUGCUCGAGGCGGUCAGGCACUGCCACAACAGCGGCGUCGUUCACCGAGACAUCAAGGACGAGAACAUUCUGAUUGACCUGCGUAGUGGAGAGCUCAAGCUGAUCGACUUUGGGUCCGGAGCUCUUCUCAAGGACACGGUGUACACCGACUUUGACGGUACACGCGUUUACAGUCCUCCAGAGUGGAUCAAAUACCAUCGGUACCACGGAAGGUCAGCCACGGUGUGGUCUCUGGGAAUCCUGCUGUACGACAUGGUCUGCGGAGACAUCCCCUUCGAGCAAGACGAGGAGAUCGUCCGCGGCCAGGUGCUCUUCAGGCGCAGGAUCUCGACUGAAUGCCAGCAGCUCAUUAAGUGGUGUCUGGCUCUGCGUCCCGCCGACCGCCCGUCCUUCGAAGACCUCGUCAACCACCCUUGGAUGCAGAGCUCCAGCACGAACGCGCCCCCCGCGGACGGAGCAGAGAUUCGCCUGCACAGUCUGAGCCACGAGUCCACGGCCUUCACCACCGUCGCGGUGUGCAAAUGACUCUCUCGUGCGAAAGACUUUCACUAGAACACACUACUACAUCAGUUAGCCUGGCGGCUGCUCCUCACUGAACUGAAUGCACUCUGGUGCGGGAAACUUUUUAAACAUUUUUGAAAUGUGAAAUGUUUGGGGUUUUUAAGCGAAGGAAGCUAGCUGCUGAUUGGUGGGAUGGUGGGAUGGGUCUGAUUGAUUAAUUGAUUGAUUGAUCUCAGAGAAGAGACUUGUAGUCUUGUCUCGUCUCGUCUCUCGUCCUAUCUCUUAAUUAAGAGAAAGAGAGAGAGAUAGUCAGGAAGCCCAGGACCCCUGUCGAGAUGAUGGUCUGGUCCAGUCUGGUCUGGUCCAGUAGGAACCUGAAACCUGGAAUGAACCACUUUUCAGGGAAGGGGGUGUUAGGACCCAAAAGGGGGCGAGCUGAUUGUGAUUGUCCGGCCACGAGUCGGAUCUGCAAACUUGAAGCAGUCAGUGCUUGUUGUGAUGAUGGUGAUGGUGAUGGUGAUGAUGAUGAUGGUGGUGAUCAAGAAGAAGAAGAUGAGAAAAGGCACACCUGUGAACAGACUGAAACAAAAUGUAUAUAUAUAUAUAUUUAUUUAAAUAUAUAUAUAUAUAUAUGAAAAACUGAAAGCAUCUUCCAAAAAAAAAAAAAAGAGGGGGAUGAGGAAGAAGAAGAAGAAGAAGAAGAAAAGGAGGAUGAGCUCCUGUUUAGUGCCUUCUGUAAGAGUUUGGAAAUACUUGAAUUGAGUAAUAGCCACUGUACCACUCUGCUCCUUAACCAGAUGUCAGUUUUCUUAUUUUUAUUUAAUUUAAUUUAAAUCAAUUUCCUCUCUUGCUUCCAUCUCUCCGUCCUGAGAGAGUAACCAAAACGACCUCAGAAAACCUGUGCAGAACGACGGUCUUACCUCUUUCUUCAAUUCUCUUCUCUUUCUCUUCUGUAAACACACAGAUAUACACACACACAGAUACACAGACAGACAGACAGACAUACUGACUGGGUAACCCCUCACAGCUACCACAGCAUCUACCACUCACUCGUACUACUCACAGAUGCACACAGCAAUGCAAAGUUCAACAUACAACGUUAUGGAGGAUUAAAAAAAAAGAUUACUACUUUUUUUUUUUUUUUUUUUCGUGUGUGAAAUAUAUUGUAUAUUGUAAAUAUCUUGUCUUUAUGACUCUAAAUUCCGAGACACGGCCUAUGUAAAUAUUGAUAUAUUUAUUUGAAUGUCUUGAAGCGAGAUCGAAGUUGAUCGAAGUGGAAUUAUUUAUUUAUUUAUGCAGAAAUAAGAAAAAAAAAACAGUUUUGUUGUACAACAUUCUCAUUCCACGUUUUUUUUUUUUUUUUAAGGGCCCACAAACUAUUUAAAUAUUUUUACUAUAUUUAAGGCCACUAUGAGCAGAUGUGUACAUAUGUAAAUAAACUUUAUAUAAGCACUUCCUUUCUUAUUUUAUUUUUUAUUUUUUUUUCUGAAAAAAGUCUACUGAAUUUUUUUUUUUUUUUUUUUGGGAGAAUAAAUAAACCCGAGUUGUCUGCUGUGCACAUUGUUUUAGAGGAAUGUCAUCAUUACCAACAACAAACCUACAUCAUAAUUAUUGUUUUGGAGUUCACCUCUAGUUGCAUGACUGCAGCUUGGAUUUGUUUUGUUUUGUUUUGUUUGUUUAGCAAUUGUAAAUUACCUUUUAGGAAGUUAUUUUUCUACACAAUUUCAAUAAAUAUUUUUUUAAACAUUGAA